CAAAAACGUCGUACAUUUUUUUCACUUCAGUCGGACAGAACAUUUUAAUCCAAAAGAAGAGAAAAAUGGGUUUCGGUGAUUAUCCAGCUGAGUACAUCCCAGAAAAGCAUGGACCAUAUGAUCCAGCUCGUUACUAUGGAAAACCCGAUACUCCAUUCAGUCAAUUGAAAUUGAGUGAAGUUCCAUCCUGGUUUGGUCGCCGUAACAAAACACCACAAGCUUUUGCUGGUGCCUGCAGUCGGUUGUUCUGGCGUUGGCAACACAAAUAUUUGCAAACAAAACGUGUUGGUGUCGCACCAUUUUUCCAAGUGGUAGCCGCCAGUAUGGUGUUUUUCUAUGCCAUCAACUACAAUCGUAUCAAGCACCACGCAAACUAUAAAUACCACUAAGUUAAUCCGGCACAUCCAGCGUUCGUAGUAUUUCCAGUAAUAUGAUGAUAAAUUUGAAUUAACACCAAACUAAUAUAGAUCGAACGAGAUCAAACUUACUUCAAACACAGCCAUGUUUAAAACUAAAUAAAUUGGCAACCAAUUCAGUGUAAUGCUACAUCUAAUUUCAACUUGAGAUGUGAUUUAAUUUUUGAGUUGUCAUACAGACAUAUGGAAAUUUAA